AUGUCUCUGCUCGCACUGCCCCGUGAGCUGCGCGACGAAAUCAUCUCCUAUCUCUGCCUCCCCUCCUUCGUUUACACCUCCAGCUCCAAGCCCAAUACCGAGAAUCUGCAUCGUUCAAAAGUCCCAGCAAGCACAUUUGUCGACACCAGAAUCUACCUCCCCUGUCGCAUCUCUCCAAACGUUCUAGGGGUCUGUCGUCAACUCCGCGAAGAAUGUCUGCAGUACCACCGCAGUGCCAUGAACGCUCAAACCGACACAUCAAAAGAUGACGGAGGUCCAACGACUAGUAAUGUCCUAGCUGAACGGCUCGGUCAAGAAGUCGACGAAUGUGCUGAACGGAUUGGUGACCAGGGUUUGCGAAUCACCAUUGAAGUGCAGAGAGCCCAGCGGGGACCGUUCGGCUAUGCCAUUCCUGUGCGGGAGGAGUUGUCGCCUCGCAUUCUCUCCCUCUUACCAUUGAUUGAAAGAGCACGGAAGCUCCGUAUCGUGGUGUGGGCUGGAUAUGACUGGUGGAACGGCUCUCGCCCACGCGCCAUGACCAGGAUCAACGGACGCAUGCGCAUCGACGAGAACGCACCAGCCAAACCCGACGCCGUGUCUUUCGCGAUUGGAAAAUUAUUGGAGCGAUUGCCCGCGGUAGAAGAGCUGGAGGUCAUUGUCUUGGCACGCGUAGGUGACUUUUCCAAAUGGGACUUGCCCGAUCCUGCAUGGACGAACAUCCAAUACUGGCUCGAUGGACCGAUCUUGCCUGAGAAACGUGAGACACUGCGGGUUGUGAAGAGGCAGUUGGCUGCUGUCUGGGGUUUCGAUGAGCUUGAGGCGAUUUACGAGCAGCAAGAGACGAGAGUUGGAGAGAGUGGGACGUGGCAUGUGAAGAGGCAUGGAGACGUAAAAACGCCGAAAAUGAUUGAAAUGGCUGAUGAAGGAGAACUUGAUGGUUUGAGCGAGCCCGUGAACGAGGAAUUCGAUAGGACAGAUUAG